AUGAAUAUCUCACCUACACCUAAGAGAUACCAGAACCCGAAUCACAUGCCACGUGCAGUCAACUUUAAUUACCAGAAUCCUGCCCCAGCAUACCAUGACCCUAUUAAUGGUCAUGGCGGGGAGCGAAUUGUGCCUGAAGAGUACAAAAUCAAUUCCAACAUGAUUUCUUCCCUAAUUAAACAAAACAAGGAUCUACUAUCUAAGUUGGAAGAUAAGGAACGUGAGUUAGAGAAAUUGAAUGUUCUUGUGGGUUCUUUACGUGGGAAGUUGAUAAAAUACACAGAACUGAACAAAAAACUCCAGGCCCAAGCUGCACAAGCUGCGCGAGCACCACCGCCUCUUGCCGCACCAGAACCACAGCAGCAGCAGCAGCAGCAGCAGCAGCAGCAAUCGCAGCCAGAACUCGCACAAGACUACAUACAGCUGCCCAAACGGCUGCAAGGAAAUUCAGAAAAUGAUAAAAAAAUCAAUGAAAUCUACGACAAAUUAGAAUACUUGACAAAUGUCGUAGCCCAGCAGCAGCAGCAACCACAACAGCAGCAGCAAUCAUCACAGAAACAUAGCCAGCUUCAAACUCCUGCUCAUAGGACAGGUCCCUCAUACAACACUGUGAGCGAUGACGACAUCAUGAUUAGCGAAUCUUCAGAGUUGCGAAAAUUGGAAGAACAAGUUGACCAACUUAAACGUAAAGUUCUUAUUAAGAGUGAAAACGAACUGCGCAAACUUUCAUUAAAUCAGCAAUUGGUGGAUUUGAUGGGGAAACUAGGAGUUUCUUCCGCCCAGAACUCCGCUUCUGCAAACUCUCUGCUCUACGACAGAAUCCCUACCCCCAGUUCGGCCCCUUCAAUCCCUUCUGCAGGCCACGUCCACACUACUACGCACUGCGAGCAAUGCCAUCACCAUUCGGAGGAAUCCCUCAAACGCCCUGCAAUGGAUAUCAAAAACGCAUUAGAGACACCUACUCCAUCGAGGACAAAACGUGACAAUCACAACUAUAACAGUAACAUUAACAGCAACAACCCAAUCUGGUAA